AUGGGCUCGAGAGAGCGCAAAAAGGCAGCCCUCGACAAGAAGCUCGAAAAGCUUAGGAUCGUCACGAAUUCUACCGCUGUGAAAGUGAAAACCCUAGAAAAAGGGUUUCAAAUAGACGUGUUUUCGGAGCGAAACUGCCCGGGUAUGCUUCGAUCGAUCCUGGAAGCUUUCGAUGAGGUCGGGCUUGAAGUGUUCGACGCUAGGGUUUCGUGCACCGAUAAUUUUCAUCUUGAGGCUGUUAGUGAUCAGAAUGAGGGGCUGCCGGAAAGCAUUGAUGCCCAGAUGGUCAAACAAGCUGUGUUGCAAGCUAUUAGGAACUGUAGCCGCCAUGAUCAAGAUUAA